AUGAAGACCUUUACGAUCGCCGCUAUUGUCGCUUUGGCCUCCGUUGCCACUGCCCAGCUUGACAAUAUCCCGUCUUGCGCCUUGAACUGCUUCAUCGGGCCCCUCACUGGCGACGGAUGCUCUGCUCUUACCGACUUCGCAUGCCACUGCAAAAAGGGCGCCGCCCUCCUUGCUCAGGUUCAGCCCUGUGUCAAGGGUGCUUGCAACGCCGCUGACCAGGCAUCCACUAUCUCCGCCGUCGAGUCCACCUGCAAGGAUGCCGGCGCACCCAUCGUUAUUCCUGAUGCUAGCGCCGCUCCCUCUGCCACUCCCACUCCUACUCCCACUCCGUCUGCCGUUCUCAGCUCUGCCGCCUCUGCUGCAAGCUCUGCAGUUGCCAGUGUCAAGUCCAGCGCCUCGGCGGCUGCUUCGUCGGCGGCUCUCUCUGCUUCAUCUGCUGUCGCUUCGGUUCAUUCGAGCCUUGCUUCCAAGGUCUCGUCGGCUGUAGCCACGCAUUCCGGUAACGCGACUGUCAGUGCUACGCCUACGAAUUCCCAGUUCACCGGUGGUGCCUCGCAGGCUACCAAGGCCGCUGGUCUCCUCGGUGCCGCUGCCCUCGCUAUGCUCGCUUUGUAA